AAGAAAGUUGCUAUCACUUUUGAACCCUCAGUUAGUGCAAGGAAUUAGAGAGUGCUGUUCACAAUGAAAGUUUUUUUAUUAUUGCUAUGUCUUGGCGGAGGUCCUGCCAUUGUCUUUGCAACGGCGAAGGACACGAGCGAUCAGAAGGAAGAAGCGGGCGUCGUAACUGAAAAUCCGUCCAGCCUCACGCCAGCCGAGCAGGCGAUGCUCGAGGAACUAGUCGACCAUGCGAUAGCUCAAGAAGAACUGCUCAGAAGUCGAAGGUCGGGCUUGAUCAAGAAAAAAUCGGACAAGAUCAACAGACUCAGCUCCCUCGAGCAUCCUCCGAGCGAUCAUUACGGCCCUCCGGAGCCACUCUCGUAUGGAACCAAAUCAUUCAGCUUGUGGUCAUUCAAGAAGGCCAUUUUGAACGCUCUCAUUCAAGCCGUCAAGGCGAUAACUGGCGGUGUUCUUGCGCUAAAAGGACAAUUAGUCAAGGUCAAAGGUCAUAUUGUCGCUGCCAAGGGCAAACUGCUCGAGACGAAGGGUGACGCCAUAACAGAAUUUGGAAAACAUCUGGCGACGAAAGCUCUGCUCACACCAGUCCAUCUAUCUAACUAUGACCACUCAGGACCGGCACAUGGUCCAUAUCCAUCAGCAGGAUCUCCUAGCUAUGGUCCCCCUGCUCAUCACCCUCCACCCGCUCAAAUCCCACCACCUAGCUCUAAUUAUGGAGCUCCUUCAUACGGACCACCUUCAGGACCUUACCCAGGUCAUGCCCCACCAUCUAGUUAUGGCGCGCCACCACCACCAUCGGCCAACUCUUACCUCCCGCCAAGCGGUGGAUUUGGGUCGGAGUAUAUCCACGGAGAAUUCCCACCCACAAUGUUCGGACAUCAGCUCAAUAACGAUUUCGGUAAUCAUCAUCUGAAAAGGGAUACAAUUGACAAUAACAAAGGAUCUUCUGAUGGUCUCCAAGCAGGGAUCGUAGUGCUCAAACCUAUCAAUCUACCUCAGGCAAAAGAGCAAGAUAGUGUAUACAGACCACCUCAAGCAUUCAGUACGAAUGUGCAUAAACACCGAAGAAGUAUUAACAACAGACAAAGACAAUUUUGACAUUUUUUCAGAUCUCACGAAAAAAACUCAUGGCAAGUGAAUGUUUUGUGUGGAAGAAUCUUUUUUCUAUUUAACUAUAAGUGUCAUAAACUAAAAACAAAGGGGGCUUCAUGCUCAGAAUGUGCAGUGUAAGCUUAAAAGAUCGACUAACUUCUGAAUUUCUGAGUGGAGAAAGAGCAGAUAUGAGUUUUCAUCUAGGUAGAACCAUUCUAUGUAAAAUAGUGAAUUUAUAAUUUAUUAAUUAGUCCUUUUGAGUAACUUAUUCAUCAAACUAUACAAUAUG